CGUCCCCUUCUUUCUUUCCAUUCAGUUACGCUACCAUCAACCUAACUGCAAUCACGGAAAAACAACACCAACAGUGCCCAAUAACGACAACAAGACAAUACUUUAUCUUUCCCUUUUCCUCCCACACUUUGUGCCAUUCAACUAUCCUUCAAAAAUAAAAUAAGGCAAAAAAUUUCAAGUUUGCUCGGAACAUUUUGGAUUUUAGUACCAAAGAAGCGAAGUCGAUUAACGAAAAAGCGCCACCACGGCAAAAUAUUCAUCAAGUUCGGAUCACGGUGUCUCUGGCUUUCCGCCGCUAAGUAGACGCCUCGUCCCACGACGCGGAUGGAGAAACAGCAUGACUCCCUUAUGUCUGCUGCUAGUAUGCACCUUUCACACUGUGCAUGCAUCUUGGUGGUACCUUGGUCUGGCCAGUUCAUACCAGACAAUUCCAGUCGAAGUUAAACAAAAUGGCAAACAGAGAAGAUGCUCGAGCCUCAAUUUCUUACUGCCACGACAGCGAGAUUUGUGCAACACGGAAGACAAACUUUUAGAAGUCAUUACUAAAGGAGCAGCAAUAGGAAUUAGUGAAUGCCAACAUCAGUUUCGAAGCCGCCGCUGGAAUUGUACAACUUUUAACAUCACUAAUGUAUUUGGUGAAGUACUCAAUAUUAAAAGUAGAGAGACAGCUUAUCUAUAUGCUAUUUUUUCGGCUGGUAUUAUGUAUAGCGUGUCUCGAGGCUGCUCUAAAGGGCAACUGAAUCACUGUGGCUGUGGGCAGAAACUUAUAGAAAACGAUAAUCCAGAUGAUUUUGAAUGGGGUGGUUGCUCUGAUAACCUUUUAUACGGAUCCAAAUUUUCAAGAGAUUUUGUGGAUUCGGUCGAGCGGAGAGAAAUAGGCAUGGGAUUGAUGAACCUCUGGAAUAACGGAGCCGGACGAAAGGCGAUAAAGGCAAACAUCAAGAAAGUAUGUAAGUGUCAUGGAGUAUCUGGUUCUUGCUCAGUGAGAAUAUGUUGGCGCAGUAUGGAUAGCUUCCGUUCGACCGGUUCAUAUCUCUUCAAACGUUAUGACAGCGCAUCUCAAAUGAAAUUCAGCCGAAAAAAACGGAAAUUAAAACCGCUUCGCAGAUUGCUGAAGAAACCAUCCAAAAAAGACCUGGUCUAUCUGAAACAAUCACCAGAUUUUUGCUUGACAAACACAACUUACGGUUCUCUCGGUACACGGAACCGUCGUUGCAAACGAGAAAGUGACGGACUGGAUGGUUGUGUGCUCAUGUGUUGUGGACGCGGCUUCGUCACAAUUCCAAAGGUUGUAACGGAGGACUGCCAUUGCAAAUUUUAUUGGUGCUGCUUUGUACUUUGCAAAAAAUGUACUCAAAGACUCGAUAUGCAUUAUUGUAACUAAGACAUCGAUAAACAGAAAAGAUGAAAAUAAAACUAAUGACUAAAGAAAAUCAUUACAGAAUCAAAAAAAUAUUGGAUAUUUUUAGUUGCUUUUCAAAUACAUAGUACAAAAACACAAACAUGUACACGGAUACCUGCCAAUAUUUGCGUAAGCACACCAUACAUGCAUGCUCAUACACAUGCUCUCACGUAUACAUAAACUUUCACUCCCGCUUCACACACAACUUAUCUUUAAUAAUUCAGUGAAUAUCCAAUUAUCUAUCAAAGCAAUAUGUUUUAUAUUAACAUCUCUGGCACAAGAAACGGGACCGUUGAUAAACUAGAAAGCAAAAUAUGUUUAUGUGGAAAUCAAGUAACUACAGUUUUCUUUAUUUACUUUUAGAAUAAAAAAUACUUAGGGCUACAAUAGACCGAGGAUUACCAAUAAUCUUAAGUAAGCUGUUCUAGUUUAGCAACUAUGUUGUCUGUAAACACUUUGUCUUUUGACAGUAGAUUUCUCUAAACAUAAGAACACAUAAAUUUCCUCAGUUUAAGAGAGUAAAGUGAAUAAAAAUAACAAAGUUGGUAAUGUA